AUGUUUACGUUCAACUGGUUUAAGAGAAAUUGGGGUUGGUCCACAGAUGGAACUUAUCACUGGGACGACAAUACCAAACGAGAUGUUUCAGGAUCAGACUCAGAUGAAGCAUUCAAUGUCGACGGCGAUGACUCCCUCACUGGAUCGACUGGGGUGUCUGUUGAAGAAAUCAAUGACUCUCCGUCUCUCCCAAAUUGCCAACAAGUUGGAGAUGAUGCAGCUGAUGUACAAUGUGCAUAUGUUGGAGAAGACAGCAUUGAAGAAUGGUCAUCGAGCCACCCGGAUUUCACCAUGACAUCUACCCCCAUGACAGCCCCAACAGUUGCGGUCAUAUCUAGAACGAUCACGACCCAAGCUACCACAUCUGCUGCUUCUGUUUCCUGCUACCACUAUCAGAAUCCAGGAGUCGCAAAUGGCUGUGAGUGUGAAGGCUUAACGGGUAUCUUCGCUAAAAUGUCCAGUACAAGUGGACAAACAAGCUAUGAAGCCUGUGGUUGGACAACAACACCACCUCUGGCCAGCUCCACACCAGCUUCAACAGCAAACGUAACGGCGAAGGACGGAACGAUUAGCUACUGUACCAGUGCCGUACGUGCAGACGCCGAUGUCAACGAUGCCCUUUCUUGCGCUGUCACCGCUACUCCCAUCGCUACAGAUAGCGCCAUUGCGUCCAAAUAUUCAGUCUAUUUGUCGUCCAAGGCCGCUGCCGCCUCCGCCAGUGCCACGACCAGUUCGGACAUGUCGGCGGCAACUACGGGAACGCCCGAUCUCGAAUUUUAUUUUGCCGUGCUCUCUCUAAAACCGGGGAUGGCUGCAGGCACUCAUUACUCUUGGAAUGUCUAUACGCGUGAUAACUCCGGGGGAGAUGAUGUUGGGGGGUCGUUUAAAUGGUGCCAUUCUAAUGGUGCCGACGAAAAAUUAAAGGCCUCGAGCAUAAAGACAGACUCAUUCCCCCCAACUAUUCGCUUCCAAGAUCUUUCAAAAGGAAUCAAUAAUAAGGCCCAUGAUAAAUACCUGCCAUGUGUUUAUACAGGGGCUGAUGGUGGGGCUGGAACUAUUGGGUGUGAGGGUUGGAAAAAUCAGUUCAAGUGCACCACGGAUUUCUCAGAGUACGGGAAAACGAUAGACGGGAGCUCCCAGGGCUGCGUGUCUGCUCAGAAGGCCUAUCCGAGGGUUCUUUGCAAAGUCUGGACCGACGCAAUUGUGAAAGACAAUGACCCUUAA